GCGCUUCAUAAGGCACAUCGGAACCUACGGAGCUCGAUUGCCUUCAGGUUCCAUUUUGGAAGCAAACACACGACAGAUACGAUUGUGUUUGAUCUUUGUGCCCUUAUCGUGAUCACCUCUCGCGCAUGCUUCAUAAGCCCAAUUUCGCACUAACGUUUUACUUGGCCUUGUGUUUAACGGAGUCAAACCGGGCCCAUUGAAGACUUCGCAGCUCGAUUCCCGUCAGGUUCUAUUUUGGAAGCAAACAGACGACAGACACGGUAGUGUGAAACCGGCCCCCAAGGCUAGUUGGAAGCCCGUUUUCCUCAGAGAGAAACAGACGCCCAAGAAUGCAUAGGAUUUCGAUUUGGUUAGCUCUCUUACUGACGGUCUGCGUGGCAAUGGGUUCGUCUGCAGAAGUACGGUUGCAGAAGCGGGAAGCGGAUAUCUACGAGAAAUGUCUUCCCCGGCUCCUUGAAGACGUGACGUACGACGCUGCAGCUGAAAAGAUCACUCUCUUUCCGCCGGAGUUCUCCCCUGAGGAAGAGUGUAUACCCACAGGAAGAUACACGUACAUGCUCUCGUAUGCAGAGGAAGGCGAGGAACCGCUAUACUGGUCAGUUCCGGGCAUCAAAGGGCCCCUCGUCAUCCAUGGCCUCACGCCCUCGACGCGGUAUAAUAUAACGGUAGCCAUGAGCUACCUCUACGGCUUCACAAACCAAGCUAAGGAAACACCGGUGUACCUCAUUCAGGCGAAAACCAGGGACCUCGCAGUUCCUCCACCACCGACUACGGAAAUCAAACUGGUGGAUUCGUCCCUACUGAACAAGACCCAGCAAAAGAUUCAAUUUCCAGCCCACAUAUUCAGUGACGUCAACGGGGCUAUCAGAAGAGUCGAUAUACUCGUGGCACAGGAUACGGAAAUAGAUAAGUGCGAGCAGCCAGUUACGUGGAGAGAAGCCCAUUCGCAGUCCCCCAUCAAGUGUUACGACACAGGAAGUAACAGCAAGAGUUACAGCCGUAGUUGCCUAUUGCACGAUGAAACUACAGUAGAAUGCGUGUUGGGGUGGCAAGAUGAAUGCGAUGACAGUAUCUGCAAUGGACCUCUGACACCUGGCGUCAAGUACGGGGUAAAGCUAAGGAGCACUAAGUAUGCUCCGCCCACAGAUUCCAAGCCAGCUUUCUUCACAGCUGGAGGCCCAUCUGGCGCUGCUGGCAGUGGCAGUGGUGCCGGUGGCAAAGGCAGUGAUGUUGGUGGCAAAGGCAGUGGCAGAACGACGUGUGGAAGCUCCUCGCUGAUCGGUGCUAUCACGUUUUUCGUAGUCCUCGCAAUGACGAAGUAGUCACACCUGUGUUGGCAGGAUUCUACUAAAGAAGACCUCUGACUGACACCUGGUGCCACGGCAUUCAAGAACUGGUGCUGAAAUAUGCAAUAAAUGGCCGCACAUCAGAACUCCUUUUAUGAUCGCGAGGCAUGCCAUGCACGUGGGGGCUCUUCACCGGAAAUGGUGGCAAAAUUUAAACUGAAACAUGAAAACUAUUGUUCACAAAAAAUACCACCAUUUUGAUAUAGACCAGCGUUUCCCAAACUUUUGGCGGUGACGGACCCCCGGAAGCGAUGAGAACCAAUUCACGCCCCCCCCCCCCCCGGCUGCCAAAUAUAAAAUGCGCUAAACACAGGAGGAACACUCUCAGUCAGUUCGAACUCGACGCAAAACGAUAUGACGCACUGUAUUUCCCAUGCUAGCCAGUGCAUAACCAACAACCUCGUCAGCUGCUGCGUGCUUUCGAUACAGCUCCAGAAACGAUUCCGGACUGGUUUCUUCUUCUUGUUAGUAUGUGUAUGACGCGGACAAACGUGCAUUGCAGGACUUUUCUAUCAGAAAUUAGAAGCUAGCCGUUGAAGCAUGCUUGUAGCAAUUUUGGAAGUUCUGGGUGUUUGGAAAUCGGGCAGCAUGUACGAGCACGAAAUCCUCACUGAAACGUGAGAGACGGUCGCGGACCCCAUUGGACACUCUCGCGGACCCCCAGGGGUCCGGGGACCACACUUUGGAAAACACUGAUAUAGACCAUGUAUAGACCACCAUGUAAUAUAGUAAAAAAAGUGACAUUUGCAUUGAAUAAAGACAUCUGGUGAUUA